AUGUGUUCUUUCAAUGAGAAGAAGAAUUUAAAUCAUAACGGUAUCGAUCAUUCCACUGGAAAUCAAAUAAAAAACUCGAAAAUGUCUACAAAUAGUGCAUCAUCAACCGUUAAUUCUCAGCUAUCAUCUGAACACCGAAAUAUUCCUGUUUUUCCAUGGUUUGCAAUUGACAUCGGUGGAACGUUAGUUAAACUCGUUUACUUUGAACCACUUGACUUGACACCUGAUGAAAUUCUAACUGAAGGAGACAUUCUCAUGAACAUUCGACAUUAUCUAACAUCAAAUCGUGCCUACGGUGCAGAGGGAUUUCGCGAUGAUGCACUCGAGUUAACGAACAUCAAACUAGGCGGGCGUCGUGGUAACUUACAUUUCAUUCGAUUUCCGACUUCGCAGAUGCACAAUUUUAUUGACUUGUGUGUGAUGAAAAACUUACAUACGUUGACUUUUCAAGUGUUCGCAACAGGUGGCGGUGCUUAUAAAUUCGAACAAGACGCAGUUGAGAAAUUGAAGUUAACCUGGCGUAAAUGCGAUGAAAUUGAAACAUUGAUCAAGGGUUUAAGCUACUUGAGUAAAUUAAAUCCCAACGAAUGUUUCUACUAUGAAGAACCAGAAAAUAAUGCCAAUUUAAAUAAACAUUCACUGAAAUUCGAUAUGAACAAGCCGUUUUUGUUAGUUAACAUCGGAAGUGGAAUUAGUAUUUUACAUGUCGAAUCGGAAACGAAAGUUCGUCGCAUAAGUGGAACAAGUAUUGGUGGUGCUACGUUUCUAGGUUUAUCUUGUUUGUUAACCGAUUGCUCAAGUUAUGAAGAAGCUAUCAAACUGGCAUCCGAAGGUGAUAGUACAAAAGUUGAUAAAUUAGUCAGGGAUAUCUAUGGCGGGGAUUACGAUCGAUUUGGUUUACCAGGACAUAUUGUUGCAAGCAGCUUUGGUCAUAUGAACGCACCGGAUAAACGUGAACAAGCAUCCAAAGCUGAUUUAGCUCGAGCAACAUUAGUAACCGUUUUGAAUAAUAUUGGAUCAAUUUCUAUGAUGUGUGCACGAACUGAAAAUGUGGACCGAAUCUUAUUUAGCGGUAGUUUCCUACGUAUUAAUGAUUUAUCCAUGCGCAUUCUAGCUUAUGCAAUGGAUUAUUGGUCGAAUAAUGAGAUCAAAGCUAUUUUUCUCGAACACGAAGGUUAUUUCAGUGCUGUUGGUUGUCUACGAGAAUUUAUAAUGGAUGAAAAUGAUUUGAUUGCUGCUUCUCAACACUAA